AUGUUUAUCAGUUGCACCAAGCCCCAGACGAACGUAGUAUGGCCCGAGGCGGAUGGCUUUGCCUCGACUGCUGCCGCCGCCGUUGCGCUUGAAGCCUUUGACCAGUGGAUCUUGGACAAGACUGCAACACCACAGCUCUUCCUCAGCCAGCCAAUACCACAAGAACUUCUACAGUCUGGAUACAUGGCGCCCGGCUCGUCGAGCCCGGCCGGAGGAUGGCCCGAGCUGCUGCCAAAACCGGAUCCUCGACUGCGGCUACAGCAAGGGCAGAAACGGAGCCGUACUGUCUCUGAUGAUGUUAGCAGUGCAUCGCAGGCAGGUCUUGGACGAGAUGAGACCUUUCUGCUAACGGGAAGCACGUUCGUGUUGGCUAAUGGGCAGACGACGAACGGCCUCGCCGUCCCAGACUCCAGGAUGCUGAUAUCCCCCCUCACGCGGAGCCCGAAUCAGCUGCUGCCAGAACAGCCAGAGAAGGGGGGCUGCUACUAUAGUGCAUCCUUCUCCACAAAUCCCGAGCUUGCGGAGCAGAAUUAUUUGACCCAAACAUCGGCAGUUGCCCCCGACUUCUCGUUUGCCAACCAAGCGGAGGGUCUAGGAUGGCAGCAGUCGUAUCAUGGUGCUAACACGGUCAUGCAAACCCUGCCACACUAUCAACAAUUUUCCACGGAAGAGCUGUCCAGCGGGUUUCCCCAGGCGUCCUACGACCUUGCAGUGUCGCCUGAGAGCCUGGAAAUCAACGGGUUACCCACCGGCAUCAACUACUACGAUGUCGACGCCAACAACUUCUCCCCGUUCGGCAGCUUCUCGUCGACAGGGGCGUCGGACUUGAUGGAGUCGAUGAUGCUGGACAACGAGCACAGCAGUCCACCUUGGCCAGGUCCGUCGCCUGCAGACGGCACCUUCUACAAUGGCCUCCGACCCGAGCUGGCCCUCCCAAACCCGCAAUUCCAGGACGGCAGUCCCUGGCUGUCGCCAGACCACAGCGUCGAAGCGAAGCCAGCGUCGCCCAAGCCGGAGUGGGUCCCGCCAGCGCCGAGCCCGGGCACGUCGACAGACUCGAUUAACACCCGCUUCUUCAUUGGAAGUGGCUCGACAACCGACUCCAUCUCCUUCGGCCCAGCUCGCACUGACAGCUCGUCGACACACAGCAACUCGCCUGCCUUUCUCGCCCCCCAAUCCGACGCUCCAAAGGCCCGUAAGCAGCUGCCAGACAAGGCGCUGCGGCAAGCCCUCCCGCCCGUUAUGCGGAGCAGCAACAACUUUGUCAACAUGACGUGCACGGACGGCAAGCUGCGGCGGUCAAACCGACACCACCAUCCAUACAGCCCGUCAAGCCGCAGAAGCCGUUCGCUCGUCCAGGGCGAAGGCGGCAACGUGCUCAGCAGGCUAGCACCGGCGCCUGGGUCCGGACCAGAGGGCUUCCAUAGCACCGGGAAGGUGGAGACACCUCUCGACUCGUGUGCGUCUCAGCAGCACGGGGGCGGGUUGUCGGCCACGGCCAGCCUGGCCUCGCCGCAGGGGCACGGAUCCCCCAACGACAGCGACCGCGACCGCGACGCCAAGAACGAAUUCCUGAUCCACGGACGGCGCGUGGGCAUGAAGUACCGGGAGAUCCGCGCACAGGGCGGCUUCACCGAGGCCGAGUCGACGCUGCGCGGGCGGUGGCGCGCGCUGACCAAGAGCCGCGAGAAGCGCGUGCGCAAGCCCGAGUGGUCCGACAAGGACCUCCGCCUCCUCGAAGAAGCCGUCCGCACGCUGGCGCGCGGCGACCUGUCGCCCACGGCAAAGGUGCGGGCCAAGAUCUCGUGGAAGCAGGUGGCCGACUACAUCUACAACAACGACGGUACGUACCUGUUUGGCAACUCGACGUGCCGCAAGCAGUGGGACGAGCUGGUGGCGACGCACGUCGCCGCCGGCAAAGACGUGCGCCUGCCGUUUUACGAGCAGGGCUCCGUCGGCGUGGGCACCUAUGGGGGUCCCAAGGCCUAGUGAGCAGUGGUGGGCGGAGGGGUGCAGCUGGCGGUGGAAGCGCUGUGUGUGUACAGUAGAAUACCUGUAAUGGGAACAAGGUGGUGAUGGCAUCUCCUGGAUCAAGCACUGGGGGAGAUCGCUUAGACAACUGGGCUGAGG